AUGACAUGGUCAGCUGCAUUUUGCUGUGCUGUUUUCUGGAUCCUUCUUAUUCUCGGCGGUCUAAUCGUCCUAAUCGUUUACCUUGUAUACCGUCCACGCUCUCCUUACAUGGACAUCUCAGCGGCUAACCUAAACGCUGCUUAUCUCGACAUGGGUUUUCUUCUAAACGGUGAUCUAACCAUUUUAGCAAACUUCACUAACCCAAGCAAGAAAACCAGUGUGGACUUUAUCGAUGCGACGUUCGAUCUUUACUAUUACAACACACUCAUAGCGAGUCAAUACGUUGCGCAUUUCAAGGUUCCUAAGAAAAUGUCCAGGCUUGCGAAUGUUCAUCUUGUGAGCAGUCAGGUCCAGCUUGGGCUAACGCAGAGCCAGGAGCUGAAGCGUCAGAUCGAGAACGGUCCGGUAUUGUUGAACCUGAGAGGAACGUUUCACGCACGCUCGAAUCUAGGGACGUUGUUUAGGUACUCUUAUAAGUUGCAUACUCAUUGUAGCUUUUCUUUGAAUAGUCCUCCUUCAGGAGCUAUGAGAGCUAGAAGAUGCAAUACCAAACGCUAA